UCCUCUUCCUCGGUCCCCUCAUUCUCCGCAGACUCCACAAUCUUUUUCCAAAUCCAUUCGAUAUCCCAGUGAUACCCAGAUUUCCCACCUAUCCAUUUGAUCGAUCUAUUUGUUCCAAUCCCAUCUCCUGGGUCUCCUCUUUCUGGGUCUCGACUCUCGGGUCUCCUUCUGGGUUCCUUUCAGGGUCUCCAAUUGCUGACCCAAUGCAACUAUCACUUUAUACUACUGUUACUGCUACACAACAUAUACAUCUUUGACAUUUAUCAUUUAUCAUUCCGGGUUCUUACACAUGAAUCGAAGUCGGCCGGUAAGGUCGAAGACUGGCUGCUCGUCAUGUCGGCGACGAAAGGUACGGUGUGAUGAGGCCAAACCUAUCUGCAAUGCCUGCACGCGUCUGGGACUCACGUGUUCGUAUGAACCAACCCGUACCGCCAAUUCCGCAGAGACUCUCCGAUAUCGUGUACGCUUCGUCAGUUCCCGCUACACGAGAUCAGAGCCAGAGCCGGAACCAGAGCCAGAUGAGACUAGGAGUAAUCCCUCCCAAUCCCGGGCUCUUUUGCCUGGGAGUCCUCCACAGUCUGCCACCUCUGUCACCUCCGAAACAGAGCGCAAUUCCGAAUUGCCAAUAUCAAAAUCAAAAGACGUAGAGCUGAGUUCAAAUGAGCAGCAAAGCAAAAUAGUUUCAAACAACUCUACCUCUACCGCUACCAUGUCACAUUCCCAUCCACAUCCGCAUCCACAUCCUCACCCGCAUCUACCAUCUCAUCCUGCGCAUCCUGCACAUUCUUCACCCCUCCCCCUCCCCGCCCAGAUUCUCACCGGACAUUCACCUCAACCGAGCACCUCGCCCGCCGUCAUCCCAGACCCUAGCGCAUUUGCCCUGACCUCACAAAUGCAUGUAUACGAGCCUCAAAUACCCGGCUAUGUGCCAGCCUUCUUUGACCCUAACAUGAAUUUCGAUUUACUGGGCGAAGAUUGGUUAUCACCCCACACACCAGGAGAUGCAUCCCAAGAUUCAGAAUCGAUUCGAAAUGAUUUCCCCGAGUCGAGUUCGUGCAGCACUCAAGAGGCCAGUGUCAUUAUCGGUCCGGAUGAUCACAAACUUAUUCAGCAUUACCUGAACGUAAUGACAGGUUACGCUAAGAUACGUUGUUCGGGAGAUGAAAAUAUUUAUAGCCACAUAUUCAGCAAUAUGGCACUAUUUUAUGCACCAUUGUACGAUGCCUUGAUGGCGUGGACGGCGCUGCAUCUUGGCCAGGCAAGGUCCGACCCCGACCUAAUCAGGAAAGCCGAGGAGCGAUACGCGCAUGCUGUCUCCUUAACACACCAAGAUCAGAACGUCGCCGUACACUUCGAGCUUUCUAUUGUGACCAUAUGGUUUGCGCUGCAGUAUGAGCUUCUUGCAGCCCAGGGUAUUGAAUCCUUCUGUCGGCACUUAGAAUUUGCUGCCGACCUGGUCGAGGCUCACCGACGUCACCAAAAAGCCGGCGGAGAGGCAACCCUUCUUGGCCAUAUCGGCUCCCGUCUAUUGGCAUGGCUAGGCGCAUAUGAUAGCCGAGCCUCGCGUAUCGGAGGUACAGGGCGCCUUUUGCAAAAUCUCGAGGCUUUCGCCGCAGAUUACGACUUCAUUGACGCUGCGUACCCUAAUUUGCCUACUAAUACCGAGGACUUAAAGCCAAUAUUGCGUCUAUCUCUGGAACUUGACUAUAUGGAGAGCCGGAUUGUGCAGUCAUAUCGUAGAUCGGCUACUGCAUCUGCCGCAAUAUGGGCAAAUAUGCAGUCGGGUCUCAUAAUGAUCCACGAACGAUUCGAAGCCGACCCAUCAGUGGCUCCUAUUAUAGCUUCUCUCACUAACCCCUCACGCGCCGUUACUAGUAGGAUUACCACGAGGCGCUUCAACUGCUUGUUACUCUUAGCAACGUUUUAUAGUGUUGUGAUAAGCUUCCAUAGGUUGAUACCUGCCCAUUUAACGACGAGUAUUCCGGAUAAGCUUAUAUCGGCCCAAGUCGCGGCAACCAAUAUUAUCCGCCUUGCAUCUUGGGUCGCUCGAUUUCGGCCCCCAUCGCCACAGAAUAUUUGGCCGCGCAUCUUGUUCCUAGCAGGCAUCGAAACCAUGGACCUAGCACAUCAAGAUUUUGUGGUUAAAACUCUUACCGACGCAGAGGUUUGGGGCGCUAAUUUUCAAAAGACGAGGAUGCUGCUCGAGAAGGUUAUCAAGAUCCAGUGUGCGGAAGGAGUCAGGAUUGACUAUAUCGACGUCAUGAAGCAAGAUAAAGGAUUGUUUAUCAUUUGACCGAAAUAUGCGUAAUGAAUUCCGAAUUUUGGGAAAGCAAGGCGACGAGAUCAAUGUACUAUGAUAACACAGGAUUCAUUCAGCUGAUGAUUGUCCACCAUUACGUUUAUUGUUUAUCUACUGUGGGAAUAGAAAUGCGGUCGAGUGACAGGUAUUUAUCCACUCGGCUAGGUUCUUC